AUGGCCGCUGGAUGGGCCUCCCGGCCAUCUUCCGAUGGCGGGGGCGAAACCGACGGCUCAGACAUCGACAUGGCACAGCAAGUUCCGCAAGUGUACGAGCAGCGGCAACCGCCGCAACCAUCACAGCAACCGCACCAUUUUCAGCACCUUCAACCGUAUUAUGACGAGAGGGAUGGGGAGGAUGUGGAGGAGGAGCCGCAGCCAACAAGCAGUACGCCCGGCACGGCCGCGUUCAGCGGUGGACCGGAGGGCCGACGGCGCCGCGGCAGCACCGGCAGCGCCGGCGGCGGUACCGGCGCACGAGGGGCUGCGAAUAAGGCCACGUCCGGCGUUAAGAAACGACGGCAACGUAACGCGGAGCAAAUGGAGUCAAAUCGGGUAGCGCAGCAAAAGCAGCGCAAGAAGCAGGAGCAGUCGGUGCUUCAGCAGGCAGUGGAUUUGCUCACGGCACAAGUGGCGACGCUCAAGGCCGUGGAGGUCCGCGCUGGGGAGUUGGAAGCUACCAACAUUUCUCUGCAGGAGACCGUGCGACAGCAGGGCGCCAGUAUUGCGGUGUUGCAGCAGCAGAACGCGUCUCAGGCUGCGGAGUUGGAGGCGGUCCGGGGGGCGCUUCACAGCUCUCAGUCGCAGGUGGCGGUUCAGGGCAAGAUCAUUUUGGACCAGCAGGCGAAAUUACGGUUGCAGGAGCAGGUGAUUGCGUCUCUUAAGGAUCGUCUGAAGGAGCGCAUCGACGAGGCCAUGCAGCACGUCGUACCGGGUACGGUGUGUGAGAAGAUGGUGGCGGCGGUCAAGGCCACAUUGUACGACGCCAAGGACGUACAUGGACUGCAGGAGACCCUGGCCCAGCUCCCGGAGCAUCUGGUCAAUGAGAUGUGCAAAAACAUCUUCCAAGUCUGCAAGGAGUUUUGGCCGGAGAUGCGAGCCAGAUGCAGUCAGCAGGUCGGCGGCUCAAACUCAUGCCACAUGACAGGCACCGCAUGA